CAACCCAACGUGGGGAGCAUUUGGUGGGUGGGAGUACUAAAGCUGAAGAAGAGAAAAAAAAAAGAGCUUUGCUUCCAUAUCCCGCUUCCUUUAAAAUUAAGUUUCAUACCAGUGAUUGAUAUCGACUUUUCUUCCUCGUAGAAAUCUAAAAUCAAUAUCAAAUUGUUGAGAAUUGAGAUAUGAAUACUCCUCCCUUUGACAUUUCUUCUUCUCCCUCCUCAAUUCCAGAUGCAGAUCGUCUCUGUUCUCUCUUUCUUACUUCUCCUCCUCUCAUGGGUCUCGCCCACGACCCAAGGUCAUGAGCCAGUGCCGGCGCCGGAUUCCGGCGAUGGCGUUGGGUCCAGAUCUGUUGACUACUCUCCUCGGGCGACAACAUCAUCGUUCAUUACGCCGGCGCCGUCUCCUGUAUCAGGGGUGCGAGGAGACGAAACCCCAUCUGAAGAAAUAGAAGAAAUCCCACCGGCGCCGACGCCGGCGGGAGAAGAAGAGGGGCACGGUGAUGAUCAAGACAAUACAGAAUCAAACGAAGUUCCGGAAGAAACUGAUUCUUCUGGGACGGUGAAAUGGUGUGUAGUAAGGGAUGAAUUCGAUGAUUGCAAGAACUAUCUCACUCUCCUGAAUCAGAUCGAUGGUUACACAUGGAAAUGUGUUAGAAGAGAAACAAUUCAAGAGUGUUUGGAUUCAAUAAAGAAAGGGGAAGCGGAUUUAAUAAACUUGGAUGCAGGAAUGGCUUACAUUGCAUUCUUGAAAUAUUCUAUGAAAGCCAUAGCAAACGAAGUGUACUGCAAUCAUGCUGAAAGUUUUGAUGCCGUUGCAGUCAUAAACAGAAAGGCCUGUUCUGAAAGAGAGGUGACUAGUUUAAUAGAUUUCAAGGGACGGAGAUCUUGCCAUGGAAGUCACUCAACUGCUUCAGGGUGGAACUAUCCUGUUAAUCAUCUCAAGGAAUUGGUUGGUUCAAAAGAAAAGAAUGUUGAUGAGAUGGUUGGAAAUUUCUUCUCAGGGGUUUGUGCUCCAUCAGAAUUUCAAGGGACAGGAAUCUGUAGUGGGUGUGGAAGUGGAAAUGGCUCAUGUCACACCAACAGUUUGUACUCAGGUGACUCUGGAGCUUUUCGGUGCCUGGUUGAGGAAUUGGGGGAUAUUGCAUUUGUCAGAGGAGAUACUGCAUUGCUCUACUCUAUGGAGGGACCUCAAAAACAAACAUGGUCAACAAAGUCCAUUAGGGAUUUCAUGUAUCUUUGUCCACAAGGUGGUUGCAGAGAAAUCAAUGGUUAUCCUGGAUCAUGCUCAUUUGGAACCGUUCCAGCAAAUGUUGUAAUGGCAAGUAACUCCAUUUCCAGAGAGAAGAGGUCCGUAGUGUUGAAGACACUGCUUAAUGGUACCUGGGGUGAUACUCUUUCCACUUCGAAGAAUGGCGGUGAUCAUAUACUUAGUUCCAGUGCUCAACGAUUAUAUGUGGUUAAGAAGAUCACAAGGUCAUAUCUUGGGGUGUCAGCUUCAAUUUCACAAAGCAUACAGGAGUUAAAGAACAGCUCAUCAACAAUAAAUUCAACUUCAGAUGUUUCUUCUCCCUCAACAAGAAAUGCUCAACAUCUAAGUGUUGUUACUGCCUUCUCAAUCAUAGUUGGACUCAUGGUCCAGGUAUUCUCUAUGUGGUAGAAAGGGAGAAACAUUUUGAAGUUAACCACAAUGUAUCAAUGAAUGUUUCCACAAAGUUAUUGUAAUGGGAUAAGAAAAAGAGGUAGAAAUUUUAGUACUAAAAUUACAAAGAUCAACAGCUGCAAA